GAUUCGCCAUUUUUACUUUAGUGAAGGGACUGUGGAUUUUUAAUUGUCAGGCUGGAGGACGAAGAAUAUUUUGAAAAAAGUGUGUCAUUUCAUUUAAUUUACAGUAGCUGUGACUAUUAUUUGGAAGAAUUUUAGUAUAAUAGUGUGGUUUUAUUUAUUACUAACGUUUGUAUGUAGUGCUAUUUCCCCAUCGUAAGAUUUGCUCGUUGGUGUGUCGCUUUAGCUAAUUCGAUGGCUAUGAUAUUGAAGUGUUAAUCUAACGAGUCGCUUCGACGUUCUCCGCACGGGAUAAUAUCGACAAAGCGAGCGACGCCGUUAGAAAUGAGCAGGCCUCAAGGCGGACGCAUACAAGUCCCAGAUGACCUUAGAGAGAUACUCUUGGAGUUCACCAUAAGUUAUCUGCUGGAGCAACCGGGCGACGUGAUCAACUACGCGGUGGAAUUCUUCACGAGGUUACAAAACAAUAGGACCACGACCAUAGUGCGGGCCCCCGCAGCCGGCACGCCUGAUGAAUCUAUAAUAUCGGAUGAAGAAGAGCCGCCGCCGGCGCGCUUCAACAACCGUCGCAAGUCUGUCUUCGCGGAGACCUACGACCCGGAGGAGGAUGACUCCGACGAGGGCGCCCCGGUCGUGUUCCCGAAGUCGGACGCGCAGCGCGCCCGGCUCGCCGAGGCGGUGCGGGGGAUCCUGCUGUUCCGCUCACUCGACGCGCAACAGAUGCAACAGGUCCUCGACGCGAUGUUCGAGAAGCGGUCGGAGCCGGGCGAGUACGUGAUCAGGCAGGGCGACGACGGCGACAACUUCUACGUGAUCGAGAACGGCGUGUUCGACGUGCUCGUCAACGGAGAGGAUGGCGUCGAGAAGGUUGUGCACACGUACGAAGGCUCGGGGUCGUUCGGCGAACUAGCGCUCAUGUACAACAUGCCGCGCGCGGCGUCCGUCCGCGCGCAGACCCCCGGCGCGCUCUGGGCCAUGGACCGCCACACCUUCCGCCGCAUCCUGCUCAAGAGCGCCUUCAAAAAGCGCAAGCUCUACGAGGAGCUGCUCGACAAAGUGCCCAUGCUUAAGGCUCUCCAGCCGUACGAGCGCGCCAACCUGGCCGACGCGCUGCUCCCGCGCACGCUGAUCGACGGCGAGAUGAUCAUCCGGCAGGGCGACACCGCCGACGGCAUGUACUUCGUGGAGGACGGCUCCGUCAGCAUCCGCAUCGCGCGCGACGACGGCAACGAGCACGAGAUCAAGCGCCUCGGCAAAGGUGGUUACUUCGGCGAGUUGGCGCUGGUGACUCACAAGCCGCGCGCCGCCUCCGCGUACGCCGUCGGGCCCGUCAAGCUUGCAUUCCUGGACGUGGAGACGUUCGAGCGGCUGCUGGGCCCGUGCAUGGAGAUCAUGAAGCGCAACAUCGACGACUAUGAGGAGCAGCUCGUGAAGCUGUUUGGCGACAAGUCCAACCUGACCGACGUGCGAUGAACGCGCCAAGACGCCCCUUCCAAACCGAACACACCGUAAUCUUGCAUCCCUUACCCUCUACCCCCCUCGAGAUCACGCUGUCCCUGUCCCCCGUCCCUGCUUGACGCAGGCUCAGGUCCGGUACCGAGACGGGCUCCUUCCAUUGGUCGUUAAUGUUUUAUAUUUGUAAGCCUUUCCCUUUCCGCGUUCGUUAGGAAGACAGCGUGAUCUCGAUUUUUGGAAAGUCCGUUUUGCGCUCAUCGAGCUCGCUUGACGCUUGUGUAAUAAUUUAUAUUUUCGCUUAACCGCUACUAAUGUUCGUUGGGACGAGGUACAAAAUUUGAUAGAAGAAUAUACUUUGAUUUGUAAACAAA